CUCGUUUGACCUCACCACUCCAGUCAUCGUCACAACAUCCAACAUCCAACCUUCUUCCUUCUUCCUUAUGCAUGCAUGUAUGCAUGUAUGCAAUUACGUGCAGCCUCUGCAUCCGUUUGUCAGCCACUGUUGUUGUAAGCCACAAGUAUUCCUUUCGAAUUGUUGAAUUAGCCCGUCUUCCAUUGGCUUCCCCCAGCACAAAGCUCUCACAUGUACCCCGAUGUACCCCUCUGACAGUCCAAGGAGACUGACGUGAUUCAGAGGUUAGGGCAUUCGUGAUUGGACCAUCUUUACUACAGGGGAAGUCACAAUAGCUCUGUGUCCUGAAAGGCCUGCAAGGGCUCGUAUUCUUGCAUAUUUGACUCUCCGGAGUCAGCUGUGGAGUGCGGCUCCAAGUUCUAUACCUAGGUACCUUGCUUCUCAGAAAGACCUGCUGCUCACGGGAAAGCUGCCAAGUACCAAGAGUUAGAAGACCGGAAAACUUUCCACUGUGAUAAUCUGCCCCGUAGCCAUCCACAAUGGCGAAAGUUGACUGUUCACUCUAUCUGGUGACCGAUUCCACGCCUGCCAUUCUCGGCGAUCGAGAUCUCGUGGACGUAGUAGAAGCAGCACUCGAAGGCGGAGUGACUUUAGUCCAAUACAGAGAUAAAGUCAGCGAUACAGGGCUCUUGGUCUCUACAGCCCGGAGACUGCAUACAGUAACGCAAAAGCACAAUGUGCCUCUCCUGAUCAAUGAUCGCGUUGAUGUUGCCCUUGCCGUUGGCUGUGAAGGUGUCCAUAUCGGUCAAGAUGACCUCGAACUCUCUGCUGCACGCAAGCUACUUGGCAAGGAUGCAAUCAUUGGCGUGACAGUGUCCAGCAUCGAGGAAGCCGUAGCAGCGUGCAAAGCUGGCGCGGAUUAUCUGGGCGUCGGCACAAUGUUUGCAACUGGAACCAAAACAAACACCAAGGAUAUUAUUGGGACAGCAGGCACUAAGUCAAUACUAAGCGCCAUCGCCGAUGUUGGGAAUGAAGUUCGUACGGUCUCCAUCGGCGGUAUCAAUAAAUCAACUCUUCAACGCGUGCUCUACCAGUCGUCCUCCCCAACAAAGUCGCUCGACGGUGUGGCAGUAGUAAGCGCCAUCAUUGCCGCAAAGGAGCCAAAGAAAGCAGCCGCCGAACUCCUGGAGCUCUUCAAAACACCACCGCCCUUUGCAGCAGCGUCACUAGUCAGCACAGCAAAAUGCACGUCCGCCUCGGAACUAAUCAGCCAAGUCCCCCGCGUCAUCAGAGACGUGGGCGAGAAGACACCUUUGUCGCACAAUAUGACCAAUCUCGUCGUCCAGAACUUCGCUGCCAACGUUGCUCUCGCUGUCGGCGGCUCUCCAAUCAUGGCAAACUACGGAGAAGAAGCUUCGGACCUCAGUAAGCUCGGAGGAGCACUUGUUAUCAACAUGGGUACAGUGACUCCUGACGGUCUGCUGAAUUACAGCAAAGCACUAAAAGCGUAUAAUCUGGAAGGCGGUCCUGUGGUCUUCGACCCAGUAGGAGGAGGCGCUACAGCUGUUCGCAGAAACGCUGUCAAGACCCUUUUGGCUGCUGGCUAUGUUGACGUGAUCAAAGGUAAUGAAGGCGAGAUCGCAACGGUUUUCGGUACAGUCAUUCAGCAGCGUGGUGUAGACAGCGGUACAAGCACAUCUACUGCUUUGGAGAAGGCAACAUUGGUCCGCGACCUCGCAGCUCGGGAGCGCAAUGUUGUGGUCAUGACUGGCGAGGUGGAUUAUGUCAGUGAUGGGGAACGAAUUUUCGCCGUGUCAAAUGGACAUGAAUUAUUGGGGAGAAUCACAGGUAGUGGAUGUGUUUUGGGCACAAUCAUUUCUGUUAUGGCUGCUGUUUGUAGGGAUGACAAGCUGCUGGCUGCUCUGGCUGGUUUGCUACAUUAUGAGAUUGCUGCCGAGAUUGCUGAUGAGAGGGAGGAUGUCAAGGGACCGGGAACUUUCGUACCGGCGCUGAUUGACGAGUUGUAUAAUUUACAGAAGGCGACGAGUCGGGGUGAGGUCAAAUGGCUAGGGAGAGCAAAAGUGGAGGCUGUUGAACUCAACCAAGGGUGAUUUUGAUUUCGCUGCUGAAAACAGAGAUCAGUUAUUAGAAUUAAUAAGACAAACAUGAAAGUAGUAAAAGUUUUCCGCUUGAGAAAGAUUCUUGUCAUAUACGACAUGUUCUCUCAAUAACGAUCUUUAUUGAGCUUGACGGAUGGAAAGUUCUGCCGCUUUAGGAAUAGUA